UCGCCCGACCAAAGGUGCCCUAAUUGCAUUGCCAUAGCCACCCAUCGUCUUCCUCGAAAACAAAAGCCGCUGUAGGGCAAGCAAAUACAUAAAAGGCAGUGGUUUAUAGGGGUUUUCAAGCACCGGAUUAAUGGAUUCAUUUUCAUCGCCUUCAAGCGGCCCUUCUUCCCAAUUUUCUGCCCAUGAAUUCAAGGAUCAGCUCAAGACUCAACUUGCCCAGGCCUAUGCCGAGGAGUUCCUCGAGACCUUAAGAGUGAAGUGCUUUGAUAAGUGUAUCACAAAGCCAGGGUCGAGCCUAAGUGGGAGCGAGAGCAGUUGCAUCUCCAGGUGCAUGGAGCGCUACAUUGAGGCCACCAGCAUCGUCAGUAAAGCCUUGUUUAAGACACCGCACUGAAAGGUUGCUGAGAUAUUAGGAGGAGAUCGAGGUAUCUUUGGCAACCUACAAUUUUUUUUCAGAUUCCUCGUUUGAUAUUUGUUUUCCAGCUCUAGUACAUCUUUGGCUAGGAGGCAUACUUUUGAUUUGAGGCUUAUAGAUAAUAUUUGGUACCAUAUACUUGAUUUACUGACAUGUGAACUUUGGUGAAUUAAACUCUCAUUUCUUCUCAAUUAAAAUGCUUCAAUUGGGGUUAUUACAUUA